AUGGCGAAGAUCGAAAAAAUUAUAUUUUGGUACAUUCUAUUGCUUCUUCCCGCAAUAGUAUUAGGCGAAUGUACUUGUGAUUCGGAGGAUGAAGAAAGAAACAAAAGUGAGGCACUCAAGUACAAAAUGGCAGCACUCGCUUCCAUUUUGGUAGCGAGUGCAAUUGGGGUGUGUAUUCCUGUUCUGGGCAAGGGGAUUCCCGCCUUAAGCCCAGAGAGGAAUUUCUUCUUUAUAAUUAAAGCUUUUGCGGCUGGUGUUAUUCUAUCAACGGGGUUUAUACAUGUACUUCCUGAUGCAUUUGAAAGUUUGACAUCUCCGUGUUUGAAAGAGAAUCCAUGGGGAAAUUUCCCUUUUUGUGGAUUUGUUGCUAUGGUUUCUGCAAUGGCGACUCUGAUGGUGGAUACUUAUGCAACGUCUUAUUACAAUAAGAAGAAUUUGAAAAAUGGAGUGGUGGCAACUGAGGGUGGAGAUGAAGAAGGAGUUAUUCAUACUCACUCUCAUGCCCAUGCACAUGGUUCAACAACAAUGAUGGCUGAUUCUAAUUCGGAGCUUCUUCGUUAUCGUGUUAUUUCUCAGGUUUUGGAAUUGGGGAUAAUAGUGCACUCAGUGAUAAUAGGAAUAGCUUUGGGUGCUUCUGAAAGUCCCAAAACUAUAAAGCCACUGGUUGCUGCUUUGACUUUUCAUCAGUUUUUUGAAGGCAUGGGACUUGGUGGAUGCAUUGCUCAGGCAAAAUUGAAGUCUCGUGCAAUUGCAAUAAUGGCUUUAUUUUUCUCCCUCACAACUCCAGUUGGAAUUGCAAUUGGACUAGCAAUAACAAAUGUUUACGAUGAGAAUAGUCCAACGGCUCUUAUCGUGGAAGGAAUAUUUAAUUCAGCUUCAGCUGGCAUCUUGAUUUAUAUGGCACUCGUUGACUUUUUAGCUGCCGAUUUUAUGCAUCCAAGAAUGCAAGGCAAUGGAAAGCUUCAAUUAGGGGCUAAUGUUUCACUUCUUCUUGGCGCUGGACUUAUGUCUAUGUUAGCCAAAUGGGCUUAAUUGAUUAACAUAUAUU